AUGGGAUCAGAGCACUCCAACCCAAUCCCUAGGAAACCCUCGCCAGUGUACACCAGAACAGGGGCAGUACUCGUGCAGGUGAUAGUGACAUUCACAAUAGCCCUCACAUUGGGCCUGAUAAUCGGCCAGAGACUAUCAGUCAACACGUGGGAUGGAUUUAUACUACCCCAAGGCACAAUCAAAACAGCCUGGGAGCAUAACCUCACCUUUUCCCAACGCCCACGCCCGAGUCCGAAGCAGCUCGGACGGGGUUUCAUUCACCAUCCUGAACUCGCGCCGUUCAUCUCGAACAUCGCUGUCUUUCACCAAUUGCAUUGCUUGCACGCUAUUCUAGUCGCCUACUACGUCGCCGUGGAGGAAUCGGAUGUAGCGAAGGGGUUGCAGCGUCCGGAUGAGUACCUCCAACAGACGGGAACGAGAAUGGCUCCAUCGCAUAUUCGACAUUGCUUCGACUACCUCCGACAAACGUUGAUGUGUGCGGCGGAUACGAAUCUAGAGGUGCUGGAUCCUGAAACGCAUACGACGAGUGGAUGGGGGCAGAGCCGGCGGUGUCGGGACUAUGAUGAGAUCGUGAUGUGGGCGGAGAAGUGGGCGAACUCGACGGAUACGGGGAUUGUUACUUGA